AUGGACUCGAGCGACGAUGACAACGAAGACACCAGGUCUUCGAAGAGCAACAUCAAGAGACACACGCGCACUCAAUCACUUGAGAAAGCUACCGUCAUUCCAAGUCCCAAGCGAAGAACGUACAGAGGUCCGUCGCUUGAGCAUGUGUCAGCGGCUGCAAUGGAUUUUGAAGCAGCCUACAUCGUUGAUUCAGUGGGGGAAACGCCGACUACAUUCAAGUCGGCGAUGGAAUCAAGCGACUCCGGCAAGUGGAAAGAAGCGUGUGACUCGGAGUUCGACUCGCUUCAGAGAAACGACACGUGGGAAAUCGUGCCUCUUCCGAAAGGUCGCAAGGCCAUCGGGUGCCGAUGGGUUUUUCGUGUAAAGGAGAAUCAAGAUGGCGAAGUUGAACGUUUCAAGGCAAGACUUGUGGCCAAAGGAUUCUCACAGAAAUUCGGAGUUGACUAUGAAGAAACUUUCGCACCGGUGGCCAAGUUCACAUCGAUUCGUGUGGUGCUCAGUAUGGCGGCCAAGUACGGCCUAAUGCUACAUCAGAUGGACGUCAAGACAGCGUUUCUUAACGGCUCCCUCAACGAAGACAUCUACAUGGACCAGCCGGACGGAUACCUGGAUGCAACACAGCCGGACUAUGUGUGCAAGCUAAAGAGAUCACUCUACGGCUUGAAGCAAUCGCUUCGCAUGUGGAACCAAACAAUCGAUGGGUUCAUGAUCAAGAUGGGAUUCAAGAAGUGCGAAUCGGACCACUGCAUCUACAUCAAGCGAGACGACCAAGACAUGAUUCUCGUGGUGCUCUACGUCGAUGAUCUCAUCCUGGCCAGCAGCAACAACGAACUCCUCAAGUCGACCAAGAUGGCGCUGAGCAAACGCUUCGAAAUGACGGAUCUCGGUGAGCUCGAUUACUUUCUCGGCAUGGAGAUCAAGAACGACCGUAAGACGGGAAUGGUGACUGUGCAACAAACCAAGUUUCUCAAGUCCGUGUUGACCAAGUUCGGAAUGGAUAACAGCAAGCCAGUGAAGACGCCUCAAGAUCCCGGCCUGAAGCUAACCAAGAACAUGUGUGAACAAGAAUGCAAGCACGAAGACACCAUGUGCAACGUGCCAUAUCGAAGUGCUGUCGGAGGCAUCAUGUAUCUCAUGGUCGCCACACGUCCGGAUCUAGCUGCUGCAGUGGGAUCAUUAUCCCAGUUCUCGUCCGACCCAUGCCCGACUCACUGGCAAGCUUUGAAGAGUGUGCUGAGAUACCUGCAAGCAACGCCCAAUCAUGGUCUUGAGUUUACACGUGAAGAAGGAAGCCGUAUCUGCGGGUACACCGACGCAGACUGGGCCGGCGACAUUGAGUCAAGACGAAGUACAAGCGGCUAUAAGCAGAAUACAUGGCGCUUUCCGAAGCAACCAAAGAAGCAGUAUGGCCUCAAGGUGCUUUUGGGGGAACUUGGUGAGAUGACAAGCGACGAAGCGAUCAAGGUGUAUGAAGACAACCAAGGAUCAAUCGCUCUCGCCAAGAACCCGGAGUUCCAUAAGAGAACAAAACACAUCGACAUACGCUACCAUUUUGUGCGUGAGAAGGUGGAAUCAGGUGAAGUCGUUUUGGAGAAUUGCCCGACUCAAGAUAUGCUGGCAGACAUGAUGACCAAGCCGAUCGCCGCUGUACAAUUUGAAAACAUUCGCGAUCGACUUGGGAUCCAAGGUACCGCAGCUAACGAGUCGAGAGGGAGUGUUGAAAAGACAGCGGCUGUGAAGAAGACACCUCGUCAAGCUGCGUCAAGUGUUGAAGCAAGUGGAAGACCAAGCUUCGCUAUACCGGUGGGUACCGGUAUGUACCAGUAA